ACUUGAUCGCUUCUCCUUUUCUGUUCACAAUAUACCCCAUCCGUCCACAGAAUCGACAAACAGCAAUAAUAACAUCGAACUAUCAUGUGUUGAACCGCGCUAAAACUCCUCUCCUCACAUGCACCGCACAUGAACCCCCGCGGCUCCGCCUCCUCCGCCGCCGAAUCGACCAUGGACACCACCACCUCCAAUACUACUGUCAACACCUCCACCAAGAAGCGAAACCACCACCACACCACCACCAUCAGCAGCGGCCAAGAAGCGGGUCCUGACUCUGAAGUUUGGUCAACGUUCAACCACAAUUUCAAGCAAGUUCAGUCUGUUUUGGACCGUAAUAGAGUGUUGAUCCAACAAGUGAACGACAAUCACCAGUCAAAGAUUCCCGAUAACAUGGUCAAAAACGUGGCUUUGAUUCAAGAACUCAACGGAAACAUUUCCAAAGUGGUUUCGCUCUACUCUGAUAUGUCUUCUAAUUUUUCAAAUGCCUGCCGGUAUCAAAGUAACAAGAGCGCUGAUGGUGAAAGAAAUUCUGGUGACGACUGAGAAAUUUGAGCUGAGUUUUAUUAUUUUAGGAGGGUGACUUGCAACAAGGCUUAUUGUCUCCUCUUGAACUCAGUUCAUGUAAUGUGGUAUUUAUGUUCUAUCUUUGUUUACUUAUUGGUGAAGUGUUUCAGCA